CGCGGCAACACCGCGCAUAUACAUGGAAUGAGAAGGGCUCAGCUACAGCCAAGCGAAUAAAUAUACUGUGAAUUAACCCUAACCUAACCGAAGCGUCCGCCUCCCACACACGGGACUCCGGCCGCGAGAACCCGCGACUAAGCCAGGACGCGGGACGCCACAGCCACCGGCCUCAGCAUCCGCCUAGGACGAAUAACCCUUCUAGGCUGCCGCCGCCGCCGUCCUUAGCUCAUAUUGUUGCCGGCGAAGAGCGCCCCAGAUCCGCCCCUGCUAUGGAGUCGGCGGUGAACCCGAAGGCGUACCCGCUGGCUGAUGCGCAGCUGACGAUAGGUAUCAUCGAUAUCAUCCAGCAGGCCGCCAACUACAAGCAGCUCAAGAAGGGAGCUAACGAAGCGACGAAGACCCUGAACAGGGGGAUAUCGGAGUUCGUAGUGAUGGCGGCGGACACGGAGCCGCUCGAGAUCCUCCUCCACCUCCCCUUGCUAGCUGAGGAUAAGAACGUGCCAUAUGUAUUUGUUCCAUCGAAACAAGCUCUUGGCCGUGCUUGUGGUGUGACAAGGCCUGUCAUUGCUUGCUCAGUGACCAGCAAUGAGGGUAGCCAGCUGAAACAACAGAUACAGGGUCUCAAGGUACUUAGGGUGCGUUUGGUUGCAAUGACAGGACGGGAUGAGACGAGACGAUUCCUCAAAUAGGGUUGUUUGGUUCAGGGUCAGGGGUUGGGACAGGACUAUCCCAGUGUUGUCCCCAGUUAUCCCUCAAAAUUGGAGGGACGAGAGAGAACGCCAGGGGACGUCCCUGUCCUGGCUGUCCCGCAACCAAACACACCCUUAAUGUCCUGUCUUGUAGUAGUUGUUAAUACUUGAUAUGUUGCUAUUUUUAUAUAUGAAUAUUAUGAUUCUGUAAUAUUUAUAUGCUGUUUAAUAGUCAGUCUUAUCAUGUUCUUGUAUGCAUAUCUCUGUGGAUUAAACAAAUUUAAUGAAAUUGCAGGACUCGAUUGAGAAGCUUCUCAUCUGAUUUACCAAAGACCUUUCAGGGUGAUGGGCCUCAGCGACACAUUUUUCAGAGGCUUGGACUGGUGAUGGUGUCUUGUUUACUAGAUUUUACGUCUUUCCAAACUAUGUUUGAACACUGUUAGGUCGACCAUACUUGAAUUGUGCUUAUAUAUUUGACUGUCAUGUAUUCUGAAGAUGCAUCUGCAUUCUGGUGCCUUGGUUUAUGUUGAGAUUCUGACCAUCAUUGUAACGGUUGAUUACUAUGAGUUUGAGAAUUGGAUCGAUUGGAUGGUUGCAAUUUCCAUGUGACCAGGACAGAUAAAAUCUUACUGAUUCAGUUUGUCUCA